AACAACGUGGUCACGCGAAACAGGAUCUCCGCGAGAUCCGCGAUCUCCUCUGGCGCGUCCCCCGUGCCUGAUUAUCGUGUGCCUUCGGAGCGUCCUGUGCGCGCGUCUCGCACCUCUACGUAGUUCCGCGUCGUCUGCGGUCCCGCGCGUUCCCGUCCGCGUCCGAUAAACGUCACGGUUGCUGAAAGGAGCGAAGCGUAUCCCACGAGGGGAAAACAGCUAUGUCCAGAAAAUGCCGAUACAGGCACCGCAGUGGACUGAGUUUCUGUCAUGCCCAAUUUGCUGCCAUGACUUUGACGUGGCUGUGCGGGGUCCCAUAUCGCUCGGCUGCGGCCACACCAUAUGUCGCGCUUGCCUGGCCAAUCUACACCGCAAGCAGUGCCCCUUUGAUCAGAGCGUCAUCAACACCGACAUCGAGAAACUACCCGUGAAUGAGGCGCUGCUGCAACUGGUGAGCAAUCCAGUCUCCUUGUCAGCGGCUGCGUCCAAUCAACAACAGAAUUACCAGAAGCUCCUGCCGGUCGAGCAACAUGCCAACUAUCUGAGGGCCAAGAGUUGCAUCGAGGAGCUCGCCCUUUAUCUCAAACCAUGUCAAAUUACUAAUACCGCAGGUAUCGGCAGCGGAGGCGGAGGCGGAGGACUGGUAUCGCGGCCCAUGCAACGCAAACUGGUGACACUGCUGGGCUGUCAACUAGUAGAACCAGAAGGCAGGGCACGCGCGCUGCGUGCCGCUCGUAGUCUCGGCGAGCGCACCGUCACUGAGCUCAUACUGCAGCAUCAGAACCCUCAGCAACUCAGCGCCAAUCUUUGGGCGGCCGUGCGCGCCCGUGGCUGUCAAUUCCUUGGACCAGGGAUGCAAGAGGAAGUUCUCAAGCUUGUGCUAUUGGCUUUGGAGGAUGGCUCCGCUCUGUCGCGUAAAGUGUUGGUGAUGUUCGUAGUGCAGCGUCUGGAACAACAAUUUCCUCAAGCUAGUAAGACGAGCAUUGGACACGUGGUGCAACUUUUAUACCGGGCGAGCUGUUUCAAGGUGUCGAAGCGUGAGGGUGACUCGUCGCUGAUGCAAUUGAAGGAGGAGUUUCGUACUUACGAGGCUCUAAGACGGGAGCAUGACGCACAGAUUGUGCAGAUAGCCACGGAGGCGGGCUUGCGCAUCGCGCCUGAUCAAUGGUCAUCGCUGCUUUAUGGCGAUUCCACUCGCAAGUCUCAUAUGCAGAGUAUCAUUGAUAAAUUGCAGACACCGCAGUCGUUCGCUCAGAGUGUCCAGGAGCUUGUGAUAGCGUUGCAACGUACCCCCGAUCCUGGACAACUGAGCGGUCUCAGGCCUCAAUUGGAGCUGUUAGCUGCCAUUGAUCCCAGUCCAGAGUCAGAACCGCCGAGCUUAGCCGAGUGUCGGGCGGCUCUGGAAGCCGUAAGAAUAGUGGUGGCUACGUUGGUGGACUUUGUCCGACAACAUGGAAGCGGUGGCACGUGCGGCAGCAAUCGGAAAUCGGCGACGCAGGAUAGCGGUAGUGGCGGACCCGGCGGCGGCUCGUGUCCGGGUUCGGCGACCGGUAAAUACAAAGUCAGCAUGUGCAGGGACCUAGCUCUGCGUGGCACUUGCCCACGAUCCAACAAUUGUACCUUUGCUCACAGCGACAGCGAGCUCGACAAGUACAGAUCGAAAAAUCGUAAAUUAAGUGUCAGAGCAAAUUCAAAUCAGACGGAAUCGAAGGGUGAGAAGAAUAACAAGAUUUUCAACAAGCAAAACGGCGAUUUAACGACUUAUUCCGCCAAAGCACAUGACAGAGAUACGGUGGUGCAACAUUCAACACCCGUCCCGGCCAACUUGGAAAACAACUUGAUUGACUCAUUGACAUCGACCUACAUGCUGCCGCUCACACCCCAGCAGAACUUACCACACCUCAAUCUGUGCUCUGUAAAGGGAGGUACUAUGAUGGACAGUGGAGGGCCUGGUGUGCAUUGUUCCGGACAUUACAUAAUGCCAUCGGGACCCAUUCCCACUGUUGAUUACGGACCUUCGUUGACGACUGCAACAAACCUCGGAAUGUGGGAUACCCCACAGAUCGUACCGGCAAAUCAACGCACGGCGGUAGCAAAAACUAUGUUGGCGAUGUUGUUGCAACGCAGGAUGGAGAUCCUGAAUCAGCUGGAAUUGAUCGUCGGCAAGCAGCAGCAGCAGCAACAACUAAUAUCGCCACAAAUGAAAACGAAUUACGAUCUUCAACAGGAGGGUGAUUUAUUGACUACACCCAACAAUUACUCGAUAUGGACUGCUGCAAAUAGCUUUCGCUGUUCAUCCGGUACGGAUCCAUCACCGCCACCCCCAUCGGCUUCGCAUCUUCUCGACGACGACGGCCCCUUUAUGUCCCCAUUAGACAUAUCUCCCGCGACCUCGUUGCCGCCCGUUAGCAAGCAGGGACCUAUCUCGAGGCUAUCUAAAACGCUGAUAAGAACUCCCUACAACGGAGCCCUGCAACAUCUUUACAACGAGAGUAUUGAACCUACUCCUAUCCCCGCGCUGUCUACUGCAUUCAGAACACCGAACUCUGUAACCUCCUGGUAUUACGGAAAUCAACCAUACGCAGCGGUCGGCGUGAAUGGGAUACAAUCGGUGACGCCAACGAGCCCUGGUAGUGGUGACGGUGACAGUGGUUUCACCGGCGAUAAUUACGUCACUCUCGGUCGCAGUAUUAUUGCGCCAGAAUCACUAUCACAAUUCUCGAGAUCGGAGUGUAUGUCAAAGGAUUUGAUUUUGGAGUCGCAGAAGGUGAAGCAACAACUCAGACAUCUGGAGAAGAAGAUCAAUGACUUAAAGUUGGCUACCCAAGGAGCUACCACCUUCGUCACAGCGGGCGAGCGAUUGACGCAGGAAUUGCGAAUGAUCGAAGCGGGUAUCAGAGAAAGGGAGAGAGAUGUACGAAAUUGGAGUAAUCCAUAUGGUGGUGGUACUGGUACUACCACAAUUCCUUGGAUUCAGCAAUCUCCUAACGAUUGGCUAUCAAAUCAAGAGUAUGGUACGGAUUUUAAAACUGAAGAGGAAGACACGUACGAGGCUGGACUAGCGAAUGAUAUGCGCGAGCUAGAACUGCGAUGGGAAUUUGAGCUGCGCGAGCAAGAGAAACAUUGGUCCAGUGGAGGUGAAAAGGACACCGUCACCACCACUAUCUCCAAGAAUAAAUAAUGGGACGCCCAUCUUCUUCCCUUUCCUUUUUUUCCCCUUUAGCUCUUUUACAUGUCAAAAUCAACCUCCGAUUCUAUAUCUCCUCUAAUUGAUAUUGAUCGAGGGUAAGUAUAGAACUCCUUCAAUCCGUGAAGGCCGGGGAAUAUACAUAGUACACGCAGGCGUGCGGACCUAAAUCUUGAGUAUUUUCACAUUGAUUAGAAUACCAUCCAAUGAAGAAAAAAAAA